AUGCUUCGUCGUAAUCAAAAAGCAUUUCUCUACUGUCAACUGUUUGGACUUUCAGAGGAAGACGAAUCACAGAUUUUCGUAAAGUUCUUCACAUUUCACAAAUGUUAUGACCUAAUACCAACCAGCGCCAAAUUAGUCGUUUUCGAUACGCAUCUCCUCGUCAAGAAGGCUUUCUUCGCUCUUGUUUACAAUGGUGUGAGAGCUGCGCCACUAUGGGACAGUUCGAGGCAAGAGUUUGUUGGAAUGUUAACUAUAACAGACUUUAUAAAGAUCUUACAGAUGUACUAUACCAGCCCAUCUGUAACAAUGGAUGAAUUAGAAGAACAUGAAUUAGAUACAUGGAGAAAAGUCUUGAAGGAUCAAGUGCAUCCAUUAGUGAGCAUUGGCCCAGAUGCAAAUUUGUACGAGGCCAUUAAAACUCUAAUUCAGAAUAGAAUUCAUCGUUUGCCUGUGAUAGAUCCAGAUACUGGAAAUGUUCUUUAUAUCUUGACACACAAACGAAUUCUGAGGUUCCUUUUUCUUUAUAUACACGAGCUACCAAAACCAUCUUUCACUGACAAAACAUUGAGAGAAUUAAGGAUAGGUACAUUUGAAAAUAUAGAAACUGCAACAGAGGAAACUAGCAUAAUUCUAGCAUUAAAGAAAUUCGUUGAGAGGAGAGUUUCUGCGUUACCAAUUAUUGAUGCUGAUGGAAAAUUGGUUAACAUUUAUUCAAAGUUUGAUGUUAUUAAUCUAGCCGCAGAAAAAACAUAUAAUAAUUUAGAUGUUUCAUUAAGAGAAGCAAAUGAGCACCGCAAUGAAUGGUUUGAAGGAGUUCAAAGUUGUAAAUUAGAUGAAACUUUGUUUACUAUUAUGGAGAGAAUUGUUAGAGCAGAGGUGAAGAUGGCAGUAGCAAUAAAGAUAGUUCUAUAUCGUUAAGAGCACAGGAUUCUACGUCAAAAGCUCCGAGUUCUGUGCAAUCGGAGGCUUCCAUUCCUGAUGGUGAAACGGAAGCUGAACAAGAUACAGCUGAAGUAAACCAGUCUGAAGAAGCACCCGGAACACCUAGUCCACCGCUGAGUCCUGCAGCAUCAGAUAUUUCUGAACCUCAGUCAACUUUAGUAAAUCAGUCUCAAGAAUCUGCAUGGCGGGAAGUGACUGUAUCAGGAGGAGAUUGA